UUUUUUUUUUAAAUAUGGUCACACUGUUGUGCAGUGAUCACCACUAACUUUAGGUCAUUUGUACCACCCCCAAAGGAAACUUGGUUCUCACCGCUCCUCAUCUCAACCCACCAACCCUAAGCAACUACAACUUUACUUUGUCUAUGAAUUUGCCUGUUCAGGAAAUUUUGUAUAAAUUUUGUAUAAAUUGAGUCAUAUAAUAAUCAUCUUUUCUGACUAGAUAUUGUUCACUUAACAUUUUCAAGGUUUAGCUAUGAUGUAGCAUGUAUCGGUAUUUCUUUUUAUUGCUGAGUAAUAGUCCACUACAUGGAUAUAUCAUAUUUCAUUUUCCAUUCAUGAGCUGAGUAACUUUGGGGUUGUUGCACCUUUUGGCUAUUAUGCAUAACGCUGCAUUGAACAGUUAUGGGCAAGUUUUUGUGUAGACGUGUGGUUUCCUCUCUCUUAGGUGUAUGCAUACCUAGGAGUAAAAUUGCUGGGUCAUAUGGUAAGUUUAUUUUUAACCUUUUGAAGAACUGCCAGACUGUUUUCCAAUGUGCUGCAGCAUUUUACAUUCCUGUCAACAGGAUGUAAGUGUUUCAAUUUCUCCACAUCCUCAACAGCAAUUAAUAUUUUCCACUUUUGGGAUUAUUACUAUCUUAGUAGGUAUAAAGUGGUAUUUUCCUGGGAUUUGGAGUUCCAUUUCUCUUAUGGCCAAGGAUGUCAAGCAUUUUUGCACGUUUGUUUAUUGAUUAUUUUUGUAUCUUUUUUGGAGAAAUGUCCUCUCAGAUCCUUUGCCUGUUUUAAAUUGUGUUGUCUUAUAUUACUGAAUUGUUUAUAUAGUCUAGAUACAAGUGCCUUAUCAGGUAAAUGAUUUGCAAUUUUUCUCCCAUAUAACCCAAUGGAAUAUUGGGAUAUUCUGUUCUGUUCUUGAAUGUAUUUUCCCCAUUUACUUUUUUAGGAGUUUUGGUAUCCUAAAGAAUAGGUACCUUGAUCUCAAUCCAAAUAAUUAUCUAUUAUACAGAGACACGUAGAAUCUAUAUUUCUAAAACAUCAUGACAUAAUGGGACCAUAUAAAAUCAUGUACAGUGUAAAAUUAGCCAGUUCCUGCUGAGAGAUUUUGCACCAGUGAGAAAAUCAAUCUCUAAGUUAUGAAGAGAAAUAAGUUAUCAAAUAUAUGUGACUGAAAUUUCCCAUAGCUUAUCAUUGAUAGAUGGCUAUGGAACACCAGUAUAUGCCAUGAUUAAAUAAGAUCAGUUGAGAGUUUUAUUCUCAUCCUAUUGGGAUUGAUAGUCAUGAUGAUAACACAAGAAUUUAAAAAAAGAAAGCUAGAUAUACUGUAAGAUCUUUGAAAAAUCAUUCCUUAGAGAUUUUUGGUUCUUAUCUUCUAUGUAUUUUUCAAAGAUUGAAUAAUUUUUCUUUACAUGUUGGAAACAAAGGAGUGUAAUACACAUACAUGUAAAUGUACAUGUAUACAUGUUUUCUUUCUUUUUAAGGAUCUCUUUUACUAAAGUCGAUGAUAUUAAUUAUUUAUGUGCCCUCUUCAGUUAAUUCAUUGACGUCUUUAUAAGAGCUAUCCCAGGGUUAACUCAUUCAUUCAGCAAAUAACUUUGCUGUCAACUUCAGGCCCUGGGUUAGGUUCUGGGACUAAGAUGGUGGAUAAAACUGACCUUGAUUAUGCCUCAUAUGGAGCUUACAGACAAAAAUCAAGUAAAAAUACAAAUAAAUGUAAAGUUACAAAUUUUUUCUAUGAAGAUAAGGAAGAGAUGCGAAGAGAGAAUAAUAGGAAAAUCUAUUUUAGACUAACAAGUCAGGGGAGUACCCUGACACAUAUGGAGGAUUGGAUAUAGCUAGUCAGGGAAGGAGGAGAGCAUUGCAAACAGAAGCAACAGCAUGUGCAAAGGCCAUGAGGCAGGAAAGAGUUUGCAAGGAAGGGGAAGAAGAAGGUCAGUAGGGUAGAUAGGUAGUAAGUGAGAUAGAAAAUGAUAGGGAACACAAUCUCAGAAGAGGGCAGAAGCUAGUUCACAUAAGAGGCUGUAGACCACAUUAAGAAGUUUGUAUUUUACUCAGAAAGUAGUCGAAUCAUUUUGAGGAUUUUAGCAGAGGAAAUGACAUGUUCUGAUGUAAACUUUAAAAGAUCUUGUUGGCUGCUUCAUAAAGAUUGAUGUGUGGAACUGAAGUAGAAAUAGAACCAAGAUGACCACUUAGGAGGUUUUUUGGCCCUGUUGGAACAGGCUGUGAUGGUAACUUGGACAAAGAUGGGGCAGUGGAAAACCAAUAAGGUUGAAUGCAUUUCAGAUUAUUUUGAAGAUAUGGUGUCAUGGUUAAGAGUGUGUGUUCUAAAGCCAGAGCGAUUAGGUUAGAAUAUGAAUUCCCCGCUCUCACAAACUAUAUGACAAUGAGCAAAUUGGCAAUUAGCUUUUCUAUUUCCUUAGUAGUAAAAUAGAAAUAAUAACAGGAAUCAUCUCAGAGAGUUGUUAUGAAAAUCAAGUGAGUUAAUAAUGCUCUAUAUGCCUCAUAAGUGUAUUUGUCAAAUAGUGAAUGCCUUAAUGUGUGGUGGGAACAUUUCUCCUAUUCAAAAACAGUCAACACUUGGAAGUGAACCAGACUUGUCCUGGACUGGCCAUUGGAUAUCAAAACAUUCAGUGACUCUGACUUUCCUUGGAGAGGUGGCAAAUAUGACAAUACAUAUGGAGAGUGUCAUCAAAUAGACCAUCUUUUGAAUUUUACUCCCCCAUUUACAAGUUGGCCAUGGAAAGUUAGAAGUGUUGGCAGUUGGUGCAGUUGAUUUAAGCUGAAGAAUCAUGGACAACUCUCAGGUUUCUGCCUUGAUCACCAAAUAACCUGUGGGGCCAUUUCUUGAGUGAAGGAAAGUGGAAGGAAGCAUGUUUCUCAAAACCUUAGCUUCCUUGGGUGGAAGUUUAUGUCUUCCUCAUAGGUGAUGACCAGAAAAAAUGCAGAUAAAUGCCUGGCAUAGCACUUGGAAUGUGGUAGAUGUUUUUCUUGUCUGCUUGGUCUCUUCUCCCCUUCUUACAUCAACUGUGAGAAUCUCGACCACGCUGCCUAGACCUUCCAUUUGUGGGUUCAGACAUAAGAUGGAAACAGUGAGGUCGGUGGCAGGGCAGGGCCAGCACUAAGGUGAGGUGAGCAAGACCUCACUCAUUUGGACACCAAAAAAUGAAGUAACCAAGAUAAAUAUUUUAAUACCAUAUCUCUUUUUUAAAAAAUAUUUUAUUUAUUUAUUUGACAGAGAUCACAAGUAGGCAGAGAGGCAGGCAGAGAGAGAGGGGGAGGCAGGCUCCCUGCUGAGCAGAGAGCCUGAUGCGGGUCUCGAUCCCAGGACCCUGAGAUCAUGAUCUGAGCCGAAGGCAGAGACUUAAUCCACUAAGCUACCCAGGCGCCCCAAUACCAUAUCUUGAAAAUCAAAAACAAUGUAAAAAAUCCGUGACGAAUGAAAUAUUGUAUGUUUAAUAAAGAUAGAACAAGUAUUACUGUUGUCUCCUCUUGUCUUUAGCUCUAGCCCUCACUAUGGCACCACGACAAACAAAGGAAAAAAGCUUCCUCUUCUGGGCCUCCAAGAGUCUUUCUCACUUCUUCUAAAGUUGGUAGCCAAGAGCCAGUCAGCAAAUGUGUAUACUCCGAUGGUCUCUAGAGGCUAAAGAAUGUGUUCCAACAGCCUAUAAUCCUGGGUACAUUGAGGAUUGGGGGCUGAGGCUUUUACUAGCCCAACCCCCAACCUCCUGCUAUCAGUUGCACUGUGGGAGUUGGAGCAAGGUUCCCGGUUUCGCCCCACCUCGGUAAACGCAGACCCUUGUGACCCUGGAAUUGUUGAGCAAACACAAAGUGGAAUAAACCAAUGCUCUAUUAAACGCUGGGGUUUAAAGGUCAGCUUUGUGCUUAUCGGCUGCAGGGCCUAGUUCACUACCUAGACGACUCUCAAGGUUGUUUCGCGCUUGCACUAUGGACUGAGAAGAUGAGCAUUUUUCCUUUCAGCGUGGGUAGCUAUUUGCUUUGCAAGGAGCUGUUAUUGUCAGCAUGAAAACAUCAGGUCAGGAGCAGACUGAAGAGGAAUGGAGGGUCCUAUGUGAUUGUACUGGGCCCACCAGAUAAUCCAGCAUGAUCUCUUCAUUAUGAAAUCUUUUAUCAGAUUUGCAAAGUCCCUUUUGUUAUAUAAGGAUGUGGAAGAGUUGACUCAGAAAAUGAAUUUGAAACGGAGUUUUAGACCCCACUUUAUUAUUUGCACAGAAGAGUUGAAAAGAAAGUUCUGAUGAGAUCUGCGGUUUCCCUCCUGUUGGCCGUCCUGUGAGGGUGCCAGCUUCUGCACGUGAUUUAAUGGAUCAGAAGGAGGUGUCAGUGAAAAAAAAGGUCCAGAAUGAUUACUAACCUAUGACUCCCAACAGUAUGACAGAAAAUGGCCUUCCAGCCUGGGACAAACCAAAGCACUGUCCAGACCGAGAACACGACUGGAAGCUAGUAGGAAUGUCUGAAGCCUGCCUCCAUAGGAAGAGCCAUGCGGAGAGGCGCAGCGCAUUGAAAAAUGAACAGUCGUCACCACAUCUCAUCCAGGCCACUUGGACUAGCUCGAUAUUCCAUCUGGACCAUGACGAUGUGAACGAUCAGAGCAUCGCAAGUGCCCAGACCUUCCAAACAGAAGAGAAGAAAUGUAAAGGGUACAUCCCCAGUUAUUUAGACAAGGACGAGCUAUGUGUAGUGUGUGGUGACAAAGCCACCGGGUACCAUUAUCGCUGCAUCACGUGUGAAGGCUGCAAGGGUUUCUUUAGAAGAACCAUUCAGAAAAAUCUCCAUCCAUCCUAUUCCUGUAAAUAUGAAGGAAAAUGUGUCAUAGACAAAGUUACCAGAAAUCAGUGCCAGGAAUGUCGCUUUAAAAAAUGCAUCUAUGUUGGCAUGGCAACAGAUUUGGUACUGGAUGACAGCAAGAGGCUGGCGAAGAGGAAGCUGAUUGAGGAGAACCGGGAGAAAAGACGGCGGGAAGAGCUGCAGAAAUCCAUUGGGCACAAGCCGGAGCCCACAGACGAGGAGUGGGAGCUCAUCAAAACUGUCACUGAAGCCCAUGUGGCCACCAAUGCCCAAGGCAGCCACUGGAAGCAGAAACGGAAAUUCCUGCCGGAAGAUAUUGGACAAGCACCAAUAGUAAAUGCCCCAGAAGGUGGAAAGGUUGACUUGGAAGCCUUCAGCCAUUUUACAAAAAUCAUUACACCAGCAAUUACCAGAGUGGUGGAUUUUGCCAAAAAGUUGCCUAUGUUUUGUGAGCUGCCAUGUGAAGACCAGAUAAUCCUCCUCAAAGGCUGCUGCAUGGAGAUCAUGUCCCUUCGUGCUGCUGUGCGCUAUGACCCAGAAAGUGAGACUUUAACCUUGAAUGGGGAAAUGGCAGUGACGCGGGGCCAGCUGAAGAACGGGGGUCUUGGGGUGGUGUCGGACGCCAUCUUUGACCUGGGCAUGUCACUGUCUUCUUUCAACCUGGAUGACACUGAAGUAGCUCUCCUUCAGGCGGUCCUGCUAAUGUCUUCAGACCGCCCAGGGCUUGCCUGCGUUGAAAGAAUAGAAAAAUACCAAGAUAGUUUCCUGUUGGCCUUUGAACACUAUAUCAAUUACCGAAAACAUCAUGUGACACACUUUUGGCCAAAACUCCUGAUGAAGGUGACAGACCUGCGGAUGAUUGGAGCCUGCCAUGCCAGCCGCUUCCUGCACAUGAAGGUGGAAUGCCCCACGGAACUCUUUCCCCCAUUGUUCUUGGAAGUAUUCGAGGAUUAGACUGACUGACUUCAUUCUCAUAAUUCCUACAGCACUACUGGGUGUCAUUUCAUUCCAUUGCCUAGAUCUUUUUUGUUUGUUCCUUUGUUUCUUUGUGUUGGGAGGGACUGUUUGGGGGUAAAGGGAGGUAGUCCUUAGCAUAGACAUGGAUGAAAUUGCCCCUUGAAUGCGGGUACUUGUAACUAUUGCAUUUUGUUCUCCUGUCCUUUGAUGUGAAUGCUUUGAAGAUUUUACAGUUGUGGAGGUAGGAUGGGGACAAUCAUUAAUUCACCAGCACCAAGCCAUCACCAGCUCCCAUCUGUCCCUGGUCAGAGACUGAAGCAAGCAAAAUGGUGUGGCAGAAGACUAACGAAGCCUUAAAACCAAGAUAAUAUGGUCAUCUGAAUCUGGUCCUGAUUUUUGCAGGGCUCAAAUUAGUAUGGUGCAAACCACCUUUGGUUAAGAUGUGGCUUUCAGCUUUCUAGGGAAAGGUCUGAACUGGUUUUUAUCUAUUCAAGAGCAUGCUGUUUUCAGCACUCUUCAUUCUCUCCUAGCAGCAUAACUUGGAAUGUAUAGAAAUAUUUGUUCCUCAAAUAUCAGCUGUCUUUUCACUCUAAUUUUUAUAAUCCUAUGAUUUCAUUCAAGUUAUACAAGGGUGUGACUCAAAGAUGUGCAGGUAUCUGACUGACGGAGGCCUACAAGGGAAACAAUUUUCCUCAGCAAGCCCAAAGAAAUUAGAAAGCUUCAUUAAUGUCAGUGACUCAACAGUUUCCAAAAAUCCACAUGGUGUUACCUCAGAGUAGAAAGGCUACUUUACAGUUUAGGCUCAGAGAAAAUUUCUACCAAAAUCAAACCAAUUUACAGAGUGUUGUCACUUUUCAAUGACAUCUGAUCUGUCAUCUCUCAAACUUCUGAAGUUGUUUAAUCCUGACUGCAUCUUUGCUGAGCUGACAACAUAUUUCCCUCUGGAUUAAAUCUUCUAAUCAAGGAGAGAUAACAAGCUGAAAUUUGAGUCUUGUUCUGGAGGAAUUCUGAGAGAUAAGUACGGUGCAUUCUGAGUUGAAGGAAGUGCAGUGUUCUGAGAGUCUCUUCAUGUGCUGAUGGUUCCCUUUGGUCUUAGAUCCUCAAGCUCUUUGCUCUACAAAUAAAUGUUACCUAGUCCCCUUUUCCCUCUGACUCUCAGGCUUGACUAUCACUGAACAAAGACCAGUUUGACCACUGACCCUCCCGGUCCCUCCUAGAGCAUUGCCCUGACAUAUAUUUCACAGAAAAUACCUGCAGACCAUGUACAUGAACAUCAACUUCCCUGCCUCACCCUCCUCCCUGAUGACAAACACUGUAGUAGGUUGUGCCCAGAAAACCCAUGAUGAUCCCUGAUCAUUUCAACUUAAGAAAAUGGGCAAAGAAUGUACCCAUGUAAUUGAAUGUAUCUUGUUCUUCACUGGCAUAGUAGACAUGAACUACUCCUUUACCUGCCUUGAACUGCCUUAUCCUGGAGAUAUUGGGGAAAAUAAGCCAUAUCCGUGAGAUUUAACUAAAAAACAAAAAAUUAAAAAAAAAAAAAAAAGGGAAUGCAAGUCACUGUGAAAACCAAGUGGACUAACUUUUUUAACUUGCCCAGAGUCAGGGUGCCUGAGUUCUAGUUUGUACUCAGUCAGCUGGUGGAUUUGUGACCUUCGGUCUUGGUUUUCUCACCUGGGAGAAAGUCAUGAACUUUAAAAUUUUUCCCAUUCUUAAUAUUGUACUAGUUUGGGGGUGGGGGGGGUAGGGAUCUGUUCCUUUUUGAUGGUUUCUUUCAUAUUCAAAUUUCUAGCUUUAUUAAACAGAAAUUAUGGUCCUCAACAGUUAGGGAAAGCAUAUUUGGUGUUGAGUCAAAACAAGAAUUUGAUAUACUUUUAUCAACUGUGUAGAGAAAGGCAGGAUGGCAUUGGAAAAAGGAGAGGAAUAGCACUGAAAAACUUAAGUGUGACUGGGAAUAAUCUGGAAGGAAAAAGAUAUGUUUCAUACACGAAAGUGAUAAUACUGGCUUCAGAGGAAAUAAGAAUAUGGCCAUGGAACUAGCUGAGCAAAAAAAGGGAAGUAAGGGAAGAGAUUAAAAUUAUAAACAUGAAAUUCAUGGGCAGAUAACCUGCUUUGACUUUAUCUAUAGUUUGUUUUGUUUUGUUUUCUCUAAGGCAGCCUCUAGCCAGUCUCUUGAAGUCCUUGCUUUGUUCGCAAUCCAUCUCUCUCUGUUGACUCUUCUUGGAGAAGUACUCUUUGAAACAUAAUGCUGAAUUGCCUUCUACACUCAAGGGUAACUCUGAAAAACUCUGUGGUGAGAGGCAAGUUUUCUCUCAGAAGGGAAUGAGAGGAAGGUGAGCAGGAGGGGGUAGUGGAGGGUUCACAGACCUGUUGAGCAUCAAGCCUUCCCUGGGAAAGUUACCUCAAUUUGUUUGACAGAGUUUCCAUAGUACAUGAGACACACCCAGAUUCAAAUAUAAGUACAGAGCCUGAUCUAAGGCUAAAUCUGAUGCUUUGGGGAUUAACCAUGACUAGGCAUUGUCCAAAUGAUACAGUAUAUCUACAAUAAUCCAGCCAGCCUCAAGUAAAUUUAUGUUUGAUCCUCAGUUCCCUAUAUGACUGCCUUAAAUAGGCAAACUGCUGAUCUAAAACUCUUGUUGUAGGCCAAAUACUUUAUGCUGAGCGGGACACUCCUUAAAGUACUUCAGUUUGAAAGAAAGGCUGUAAGACUCAAAGAAUCAUGACCCUGGGGUCGAAAUGAUUCAUUCUUCUGUAACCAGUUGAGGUGCUUAGUGCAUCUCAAGACUCCAUCUCAUAAAACUCAAUCAGGAGGGAUUUACCCUGGAUUUCUUUUUUCUUUCUUUUUUUUCUUUUUUUUUUUUUUUUUUUUUACAUCUUCUCUUAUAUUGUCCGGGCUUUCAUAUCAAGUGUGGACCUGAUUGAAACCCCUCACAGAGGGGAGACAUCCCAGUAAAGGAGAAUACACCUGUACAACUGGGAUUCUUAUUUAUAAAUCACUUCACUUUGGGGGAUGAGUGUUGUGGGUGUCUGUGUGUCUGUGUGUGUGUGUGUCUGUGCGCGCGCGCGUGUGUUUGUAAUCCUCAAGUGUACUUUGCUCUUCAAUUUAGAUGUGCAGUAUUUCCAGAAAUAGUGAAAAAAAAAUAAGAUCUUUUCUUCUUUAUGAUUCUGCUCAAAACACCACGUGCUGCCUCAGAGCUUUUUCUAGUCAAAUGAGCCUUGGUCCUCAAUGACGUGCUUGCCGUGUUGAUGCCUCAGCCCAGUGAUACCCCCUCACCUGUGCCCCAAGUGACACCUCUUCCAUCUGCAGCGCGGUCAUCGGUCAUCGGGGUGGACCGCCAGGCUCGGCUCUGCUCCAGCAACGCCAUUCUCAUUGCUCUUCUGUGGACAGGUGCCCAAGUCUUGGCACCUCCACAACACUAAGCCCCCAAGAGACUCAGCCUCCACGGAACUGCUGAGAACCCUCAAAGCAUGUCAUUGUCAGUGAUCCAUUUUUAUUCUCUGGAACUCUAACCUAUUUGUGUCAAAUUGACCUUUUGAUGCAUGAGUCAUAAAUUAUGAAAUCGGUCUUAUGGUUUUUGAAAUGUAGCCAGCAUUUGUAAGGCUAAACCUUUUUCACAAACUGAAUUUAAGUGAAUAACCAAGCCGCAGUUCUUCUCCCAAAGGAGAGUGCUUACAGACAUUUGAAUCUCUUUGCCCUUUCCAACAGCUAUGGCAUCAGGUUCUAAAAUAAGCUUGUAAUUUUUCCUGUUAUUUUAAUAAUAUGGAAAUAUUAGCAUAGUGUUUCUUUUGAUAGUGAUAGAUUAUAAUCCAUAUUUAAAUUUUAUAGAGAAGAAAUUUUAUUGUACUGUGAUGUAGAUAUUUAUUAUCCAGGUAAGGAUUUGCCCGGUGUGUAUUUUUUACAAUUGAAACAUUUUACUUUAAUCUUUAAAAAAAAAUACAUUAAAAACAGACACACACACACACACACACAAAAAAAAAAAAACCGGACUGGGGGUAAAAAGGUUUGGCCUUAUCACAGAAUUUUUACUGUGCUGUAUAAAUGUUUGCAAAUGCAAAAAGUGUGCAUUUCUAGUGUGUUUCCACAUUAAUUAAUGCCGCCUUCAAGAGCAAUAUCGUGCAGGUAAAACGCUGUUUGUGGCUUUCUGUUGCACAGUUAAAGCUGACCCACCUUAUGCACAAGACAAUCAAAUAUAAAUCUGUCCUCCUCAGGAUGCAGACAAUACUCAUGUAAAUUACGGAGCACAAUGUAAGACAAAAGAUGACACUUUAUUUAAUUACACAAGUAUUGUUGCUAUAAAAGAUGUAAGGGCAUGAAUGAGCUGACAUUACACCACUUCUUUGUUUUGGUUCUUCCUAAUUAACUUGGCAUUUUUCAUUGGAUUAUAGAGCCAAAUUAGUUCUCUAUGCUUUCCCCAGAGAAAACACGUUCCCCCCCACACACACAUAAUGUCUUCAUGCCCUGAGAAUCAGAAAAGUACUACAGAAUAGGCAAAGAUUUACAGUCACAGGAAGAUAUGUGUUUUGCAAACAGUGUUAAGUGAUAUUGCUAGGUUGGUAAUAUUUUUUUCAGCCUAAAACUCUGUUAAAAUCUGUGAUCAAAAUGUUUUAAACUAUCCAAAAAGAAAAUUUGUAUAUUUGGGAAAAAUGAAUUUUUACAUAGCUUUUGUAUGCAGAUAUUAAAUUGUAAUUAUGAAUAUAGUGGGCGUAGAUAAACUCAUAAGCUUCAAUUCUAAAAAAGAAAAA